AUGAUCAGUGAGGUAAAUAACCCUAGAGUGACAGCUAAAAACUUGAAGGAAUCAUUGGAGCUGGAUAACAUCUCUGUUCGUGAGUCUAAAUGGCAUUGGGAUACGGCUGCUGUUGUUUGUACAAAUAAGGGACAGGGCUCUUCAGCUCUGGAGAUCAAACAUCAGAAGGGUGCAGCCGAAAGCUUGAUUCAUAAGAGUCUCUCCUAUUUCUUUAGAAGGAAGCGGGCACACAAUGAGCUCAAACCUGUUGCUGGUUCUCCAAAUGCUCUUGAUCUGACAAUGGUCACCUGCUUUUCUGGAUUCAAUUCUUCUGGUUCCAACAUCACGACCGUCAGCUCGGAUUUGGACGCGUUCCCCGGGUACACGAUGGUUAUCCUGGCGAUCCUAAUGAUAACCCUGGUGGUCGUGGUGGUGGUCGGAAACGCGUUGGUCAUCCUUGCCUUUGUCGUGGACAAGAGCCUGAGAAAUCAAUGCAAUUACUUCUUCCUAAAUUUGGCAAUAUCAGACUUCCUUGUUGGGGCCUUUUGCAUCCCGGUCUAUAUCCCCUACAUCCUGACGGGCAGGUGGAUGCUGGGCCGUGGACUCUGCAAGCUGUGGCUGGUGAUGGACUAUUUGUUGUGCACGGCUUCCGUCUUCAAUAUUGUCUUAAUCAGCUACGAUCGUUUCCUGUCCGUUACACGAGCGGUGAGGUACCGAGCCCAGCAGGGUGUCACUCAUCUGGCAGUGGUCAAGAUGUUGGCGGUGUGGGUCCUGGCAUUCCUCCUCUAUGGUCCAGCCAUUAUCUUUUGGGAACUGCUGGUCGGAGAGAGCAUUGUUCCAGAUGACGAGUGUUUCGCUGAGUUCUACUGCACCUGGUACUUCCUGCUGUCUGCUUCCACCUUUGAGUUCUUCUCACCAUUCAUGUCAGUGGCUUUCUUCAACUUCAGCAUCUAUCUCAACAUCCAGCAGAGAAACCGUAGCAGGAUGGCACACAUGGAGUCCGAGAAGGAAGACGGAUGGAGGGUAGUGGACGGUCAGGCCUCGUCGGUCUUCUUUGUCAAAACGCGCAAGGUAUCCUCUAGGGAGCCGGCGGCCGUGUCAGCCGUUAUCGAAGACGACGAGGAAGUGUCGCCUUCGUCCAGUGGAGAUCCGAGCAGCACACAUUCUGUGUCUUUGACAAUGAAGACGACCAAUAAAAAACAGGGAUUGUUCAACGGUUGGGUAAAGACACGCAUAAUACGCACACAGGAAGCUUCGACCACUUGUGGCCCCUGCAGGAGUGGAGGACACGCACGUCUUUCUCGAGACAAGAAGAUUGCCAAGUCUCUGGCAGUCAUAGUGUGUGUUUUUGGGGUGUGCUGGGCCCCUUACACCCUCCUGAUGAUCAUACGGGCUGCCUGCAGUGGUACUUGUGUGGAACAUCACUGGUACGAAGUCACAUUCUGGCUCCUUUGGCUCAAUUCGGCCAUCAACCCUUUCCUAUAUCCGCUUUGCCACAGCAGCUUUCGCCGGGCCUUUGCCAAAAUUUUGUGUCCCAAACGACAGUCUGUUCGGCCACACGAGGAAAGUCCUUCCUGCCAAUGA